UUCAUUUUUUCAAACCCGAAGUCCUAAUUUCUAAAACCCUAAAAAUCCCUUCAAUUUUUAUUCGCCAAAAAUAGAAGAAAAAAAUGGAAAGAAUAUAGGAAAACCUUGCAGGGCAUAAUUAAUCUUGUAAUCUUGAACACAAGACAGCUAAAAGAAUGGGUGUAAAGGAGGACAUAUGAUACGGCUACACUUGUUCAGUGAAUGUGAUUCUUGGAAUCCAAUGGCUGAUCCCUUUCACUUCUAGCACUUGAAAAACUUCUGUUACUCCCCAAAACAUGCAAGUUGUUCACAAACUCGGCCUGAAAUCACUUAUAUUAACACCAAUUGUUUGCAACACUACUCGUUAUGUCAGCACCCAAAACUUAGUUACAGAUUCACCCAGCUCUGCCAACUAUGACUACCUCAUCAACAAGGCAGGACGUGACCGAGACUUUGGUACUGUGCAACAUCUCCUAAUGAAGCGCACCAGGGAUGGUUGCUUCUAUACCAACAACACUUUCAAGUUCAUAUCCACAGACCUCUCUGUGCUUGAUGACCUGUUAAAAAUCCUGGCUGGUCUUAGCCAUGGGUUCCCCAAGAAGAGUGCACAUGACUGCCUCGUUAACCAACUCUCAAAGUUGCAUCGCACAACCGAAGCACUGCACGUGGCAGAGAUUAUGGUACAGAACAACUAUGGUGCAAAUGCCUGUACAUUUCAUCCCAUACUGAAUGAACUGACCAAGAAAAAGAAUAUGGAUGAAGCAUGGCGUGUGAUGCAGGUGAUGAGAGAGUAUGGAAUUAAGCCUGAUCUGACUGCUUAUAAUUAUUUGCUGACUGCUCAUUGUUAUGGUGGGGAUCUGACUUCUGCUGCUUACCUGCUGACAAAAAUGGAGGAGGAUAAAAUGGGAGCAGAUAGUAGAACUUAUGAUGCACUUGUAUUGGGAGCAUGUAGAGCUGGGAGAAUAGAUGGGGCUUUGAUGGUGUUGAGGAGCUGCGGCGAUAUCAACUCCGCUGUGAAAUUAUUCAGCGCCGUUGAAUACCCGUCUACUCUUCUAUUCAAUGCAAUUAUUCGCGCGUUUACUUUAUACGGAGAGUCCCAUACGACUAUCCUGAUUUAUAGUCAAAUGCAUUCUCUUGGUUUGCGCGGGGACUAUUUCACUUUCCCAUUUGUGUUGAAGUCUUGCGCGAAUUCAUUGUGUUUUGAGCUGGGAAAGUGCGUUCAUGGGCUGAGUUUGAGGAGUGGUUUAAAUUUUGAUAUCUAUGUAGGGACUUCCUUGAUUGAUAUGUAUGUCAAAUGUGGUGCACUCGAUGUUGCGCGGACGAUGUUUGACGAAAUGCCUGUCAGAGAUACGUCUUCUUGGAAUGCAUUGAUUGCUGGGUAUAUGAAAGAUGGAUUCGUGAAUUCUGCUGAGGGGUUGUUUCGGGCUAUGCCCAAUAGGAGUAUCGUGUCUUGGACUGCUAUGAUUUCGGGGUACACCCAGAAUGGAUUUGCGGACAAGGCACUGGGAUUAUUUGACGAGAUGAUAAGUCGGGACACAGAUGUGGUGAAGCCCAAUUGGGUGACGAUAAUAAGUGUUUUACCUGCGUGUGCACAUUCAGCUGCGCUUGAGCGCGGGAGACAGAUUCAUCAAUAUGCCAGGGAAAGGGGUUUUGACUCCAAUACAUCAGUAAUGACGGCUCUUAUGGCCAUGUACUCAAAAUGUGGCAGCUUGGCUGAUGCUCACGUAUGUUUUGGUCGGUUGAGGCCAAAUGAGAGGAAUUUAGUAGCAUGGAACACUAUGAUCACUGCUUAUGCAUCUCAUGGAUGUGGCAAGGAGGCGGUUUCCACGUUCGAGCAAAUGAUUGGAGCUGGGGUUCAACCUGAUGCAAUUACAUUUACGGGGCUGUUAUCAGGGUGUAGCCAUUCUGGCCUUGUGGAUGCUGGAUUGAAAUAUUUCAACUGUAUGAGAUCAAUGUUCUUGGUUGAUCCAACACUCGAGCAUUAUGCUUGUGUUGUAGACCUUCUGGGCCGUGCUGGACGAUUGGUGGAAGCUUAUAAUCUCAUCUCUCAAAUGCCAAUGCAAGCUGGACCAAGUGUCUGGGGUUCCUUACUUGCUGCUAGUCAUAAACACAGAAAUUUAGAGAUUGCAGAACUAGCAGCUAAAAAGUUGUUUGUCUUGGAGCCUGCUAAUGCUGGGAAUUAUGUCAUGCUUUCAAACAUGUAUGCAAAGGCUGAUAUGUGGGAAGAAGUGAACAGUUUAAGAACUCUAUUCAAGUCGAAGGGUGUGAAGAAGACUCCUGGGUGUAGUUGGACUGAAGUGAACGGAAAAGCACAUUUAUUUCGUUGUGGUGAUACGUCUCACCUUCAGACAAAGGAAAUUUACUCCUUGUUGGAGGAGCUACCAGAGAAGAUCAAGGCAGCUGGUUACAUGCCAGACACUAGUUUUGCCCUGCAUGAUGUUUCUGAAGAGGAGAAAGAACAUUAUCUCACUACACACAGCGAGAAGCUGGCUGUUGCAUUUGGGCUUCUUAGCACAAGCCCUGAUACUGUCAUUCGUGUCACAAAGAACCUUAGAAUUUGUGGAGACUGUCACACAGUCAUCAAAUUCAUUUCUAAAAUAUAUAGACGUGAAGUCAUUGUAAGGGAUGUUAAUCGGUUUCAUCAUUUUAAAGAUGGAUCCUGCUCAUGUGGUGAUUAUUGGUAAAUGCAGAUAUAGUUGCAGUUUUCAGUUCACUAUAAGUUUUCUCAGAAGCUGGAUAUUCGCAGGUCCUCUUUUGGAGCUUUUUGCAAGGAAGCUGCAAUGUUGCAUCUGGAUUGAUAUUAGCUGCUACGAAGCAGAGAAAUUCGUGGUUUUAAGAUAUUGAAACAGUGUGGGAGACUUAUUGCAUUAGUGUUCAAGAUGAAUCAUAAAGCUGAAAACUUUAGGGGGUAGAAUGGCAUCUAUUUCCAGAUUCUUCUACUUCAUGCUUGCAGGCCAUAAGAAUGUCUAUCCUGGACUGUAAAAACAUCAUCUUUGGUAUGUAAUGGUUCACUCGCAAGUUCAAUAUCAUGAUGACCUCUAGAGAUGAUACUUAUAAGGAAGGUCAUUGUCUUCAUCAUUCUAAAGAUGGUUUUUAUUUAUUUGGACACGACAAUUCCUCGUGAUCAGAUGAAUCAUCUUGUGGAUUGCAACUGGAGGAGGUAUCAGCUUUCAAACUCGUGGUGAUGUACUUUGUCCUUUGGGCAGACUAUCCAGAUUCUAAGUACAAGGGCAAUUCAAAGAAUAAGUGUUGGAAGAGUGAAGAAUUUGAUCAGCUGACUGGUGAUUCCUGCUUCGAGAGCUUCAGCUGUGUGACUGUGGUUCAUGCCAUACCUGUUGUCAAAAUUGCAGACUGGGGAAACCUGGAGCCUGGGAUGUAGUUUCCAUUUACAUCCGUUUGUGCCUUGAGUCUUAGCUUCAACUUUGUAAACCGGUUCAUCUGACAAGCCUACAGCCUAGUUAGUGAUUUGAAGUGUAAAUGUUUGUUUUGCCAAUUAGAAUAUAUUACAAUUCGUGAAAAGAGAUGCUAAUGUAGUAGCUCAUUGAUUAGGUAAAUUUGCCAAGAACUAUGAGAUGUUAGAGUGGGAUCAUGUUAUUAAAGAUUGUGUACGUUCUGCUCUAAUCAGAGAUGUUGCAAGUUUGAAGCAA